AUGCAACAUGAUUAUUAUUCAACAGCUGGUAACUCUCAAAGAGUGCCAGCAGGCUCUGACAUGAGUUAUCUCUAUUUAAGUCCAUCUCAACAACAAGCUAAUCGUCAAGGAAUAUUUCUUAAACGAAGUGAAAAAAUUGAUUGGCGUCGAAUUGCCGCAGUUGAUAUUGAUCGUAUUGCACGUGAUAUGGAUUUUCAAACAUUACAAGAUAAUCUUGAAAACAUAACAUUGUGUAAUAUUGAUGCUGAAGUUGAUUCACGAGCUAUGGAUCCAAAUUUUGUUAAACUUUAUAAAAUGGCUCAAUUAACAAUUGAAUAUCUUUUGCUUUGUCAAGAUCAAAUCACAGUUCAAUUAACUGAUUAUGAACAAUUGAAAAGUAAAGGUUUUCAUGAUCAAGAAGAUGCUCGCCGACAAAUCGAAAAUUUAACAAAUAAAUUAGCUGACGCAAAAAAAGAAUCGAAAAAAAGACGAAAAAUGAUUGAAACACAACAAAGAAUGUUAAUGGCACAGAAUUCAAAUUAUCAUACAUGUCCAGUUUGUACACUUGCAUUUUUAAGUAUUGAUUAUUUACAAGGACAUAUUAAUCGUCGUCAUCCAGAUUAUGAUGCAAGUAGACGACGUGAACAUGAUAUUGAUGCUGAAAAAGAAACUCAACGUCUUAAAGAUGAAUUAAAUAAAAAAGAAACUGAAUUACAAAUGAUUAAAGUUCAAAAAACAAUUGAUGAAGAUAAAAUUCGUGAUCGUGAUACAAAUAUUCUUCAACUUCAAAAAGAAAUUCAAACAUUAAUGACAAAAAUACCAACAUUAGAUGAAAGACUCGCACAAAUGAGAUCAAAUCCUCAGACACGAUCACCUUCACCUCAUCGACAUGAAACUGGUUUUUCAGAAUUAUUAAAAGAAAAUAAAAAUUUACGUGCUGAUAUUGAACAACUUAAACAAUCACUUCAACAAGCAGAAAAACUUAAAAGACGUUUUGAACGUGAAAACGAAAAACUUCAAAACGAAAUAACGACUCUAAAAGAUAAUCUUCAAUUACUUCAAAGAACACCAGGUGAUACAGGUCAUUUAACAAAUGAAUUAAUUACUUUUCAAAAUCGAUAUAAUGCAGAAAAAUUACGUCGUAAAAAAUUAGAAGAAGAACUUCAAGAAGCAAAUAAUCAAUUAGCUCAAUUUCGAAAUCAACGACCAUCAACACAAAUAACACAUCCUACUGAAUUACCAGUUGAACCAUCAGUACAACCUCGACCAUCUCGACCAAUACCGACAGCAAAUAUAUAUUUAUCUGAAUAUUGUCUAGAACUUGUUGAACGAUUGAAAGAUAAUCCAAAAUUUUUAACAAAAUAUCGAGAUGAAGCAAAAAAACAAUUUGUUCAAGAACUUGAAGAUUAUGAAAGUUUAGGAAUUUCUGAAACUGAUACUCGUCUUACUGAUCUUGAUUUUCGAACUAAAAUGGAAAGUGUUUUGCAAACAAGACGUAAUAUUCAAAAUGAUUUACCUAAUUUUGAACGCAUUCGUGAUAAUAUUACUCGACUAUUAGAUAAACGUAUGAAUGAACGACUUGAUGUUCGACGUAGUAUUACAUCUAUACGUUCAACUGGUAGUAAAUUAGUUACAUUUGAAGAUGAACAUCAACGAUCAAAAAAAGAUUCAACUGAUCAACGUGGUGCUGUAACAACAACAGUUCAAUCAAAAUCAAAAUAUGAUCAUAGUCGUCCAACAAUAAAAAAUGAGUCAGAUGAUGAUGUUACAAUAUCUAAUGCAAAUGAAAGUGAUGAUGAUGAAGAUACACAACCAACACGACCAGGAGUUACAUCUGGUAUUCAACCAUCACCAAGAAAACAUGUUCCACCAUCGAAAACAAAAAAUGGUAUUAGUUCAUUAGUUGAAGCUAUUAAACCAAAAUCAACAACAACGAACAAAUCGACUUCGGAUAGUGAAAGUGAAAGUGCAUUACCACUUCCAUCAACAACUGGACCUUAUUCGAUAACUGUGACGGAAAAAAAACGUCUUAUAGAACAAAAAUUACAAGAAGCUAGUAAAAAAGGCGAAAAACCAACUAAUAAUGCUAUUCCACAAGGAUUUCGACCAUCUCGAGAAUCACUUGCUACUCAACAUGAUGAUGAUGAUGAUCAAAGUGAAUCACUUACAACAUUACAUACAAAUCCUGCACAAAAACCAUUAAAUGGUCAUUUACCACAACUUUCAGGCCGAGAAUCAAUGAAUAACAAUCUUUUAUCAUCAGGUGAUCUUUCUCAACAUACUUAUGACUCUUUAUGGAAAUCACAAGCUGGUAAAGGUGUUGAGUUGCGUCGACCAUUAACAGCUGAUUCGGCUAAAACUUCGAUACUAGAUUCUGAUGAUAAUCAAGAUGAAGAAGAAACGAAUUAA